CAAGCUGUCCCCAACUCAGCGGCAGAGAAACAGAGGAAAAACAGAGCGUGAGCAGUCCAACCAAAUGGAGAGUACCGGCGACUCCUUCCCCGUCCUCGACAUGGCCAAGCUCGCCGCCGGCGAUGAGCGCCCGCAGGCCAUGGCCCUCCUCCGCGACGCCUGCGAGAACUGGGGCUUCUUCGAGCUAGUGAACCACGGCGUGUCCCUGGAGCUGAUGGACGAGGUGGAGCGCCUCACCAAGGCGCACUACGUCGAGCGCCGGGAGGAGAAGUUCCGGGACUUCGCGCGCGAGGCGUUGGCGACGAAGAGGCCCGACGAGCUAGCCGAGGUCGACUGGGAGAGCACCUUCUUCCUCCGCCACCUCCCCGUCUCCGACGUCUCUUAUACCCCCGGCAUGGACGACGACUACAAGGCGGCGAUGGGGGAGUUCGGGAAGGCGGUGGAGAAGCUGGCGGAGACGAUGCUGGAGCUGAUGGACGAGAACUUGGGGCUGGAGAAAGGGUACCUGAAGGCGGCGUUCCGGGGGUCGGAAGGGCUGCCGACGCUGGGGACGAAGGUGAGCAGCUACCCGCCGUGCUCGCGGCCGGAGCUCGUGAAGGGGCUGAGGGCCCACACCGACGCCGGCGGGGUCAUACUGCUGUUCCAGGACGACCGAGUCAGCGGGCUGCAGCUGCUCAAGGAUGGCCGGUGGGUCGACGUGCCGCCGAUGAAGCACGCCAUCGUCGUCAACCUCGGCGACCAGCUUGAGGUCAUCACAAAUGGCAAGUACAAGAGUGUGCUCCACCGAGUGGUGGCACAAGUAGACGGGAACCGAAUGUCGAUUGCAUCGUUCUACAACCCCGGUGCUGAUGCGGUCAUCUACCCGGCACCGGCUCUCGUCAAGGCCAAUGAAGAAGAAGAAGAAGAAGAUAAGGAAAUAGAGGUGUAUCCUAAAUUUGUGUUCGAGGACUACAUGAAGCUCUAUAUUGAGAAAAAGUUCGAAGCCAAGGAACCGAGAUUCAAGGCCAUGAAGGCCAUGGAAACCCUAAAUGCCCAUCCCAUUUCCACUACUUAAGAUUAAGGGAGAGAUUAAGAAUAAUUUGAUCCAUAUGAUGGUCAUUUUAAUUAUGAAGUUUAGUUAAAAAUGUCGUCUAAAUUAUGUAUAAGACAAGUAACGGGUCGAUGUAAUGAUCAAAAUAAUAAAUGUGAUAGCACUAUGUGAGUAGCUUUGGUCUA